GUAGGAAGUGCUCACAGAUCCGGACCUGCUGUCACAGGCUGUCAGGCGUCAGAAUGGCCGGCCGGCUCUCUCUCCAGGAGGUGGACCUCACCUGUCCCAUCUGCUACAGUAUCUUCAAGGACCCAGUGGUCCUCAAGUGCAGCCACAGCUUCUGUGCCUCCUGCCUGCAGCAUUACUGGAGCCGGCGGGGGCGAGCCCGCGACUGCCCCCUGUGCAGGGCCGAGAGCGUGGACGACCCCGUGCCCAGCCUCACCCUGAAGAACCUGUGCGAGUCGUGCAUCCCCGAGGAGGACGAGGGACCCGAGGAGAGGAAAGCCGAAGAGCUGCCCUGCGAGCCGGGGGAGAUGUGCCCCCUCCACGGGGAGAGGCUGAAGCUUUUCUGCCUGUUGGACAAGGAGCCCAUCUGCGUGGUCUGUCACACCUCCAGGAAACACAAGCAGCACGACUGCUGCCCCGUCAGCGAAGCCGUGGCAGACGUGAAGGAGAGGAUGAAGACGGUCGUCGGCUUGUUGCAGGAAAAGAAAGACGCGUUUGACAAAAUGAAGAAAAACUACGAGGAGACUGUGGUUUACAUUCAGGUCCAGGCCCGUUACGUGGAGAGACGAACCCGAGAGGAGUUUCAAAAACUUCACAGCUUCCUUCAGGCGGAGGAGGAGGCCAGGAUGGACGAGCUGAGGAGGGAGGAGGAGGAGAAAAAGCGAGAGAUGAUGCAGAGAAUCGAAGAGAUUGAGAGAAAUAUAACGUCCGUGUCGGCAUCGAUCAGAGAGUUGGAGGAGGAGAUGGCUUUAGAGGACAUCUUUGUCCUUCAUAAAUGCAAGGGGGCGCUGCCGAGCACCGACAGUCCAGCUGAAGCUCCGGUCAUGGCUCCAGCGGCGCUCAUCGAUGUGGCCAAAUACGUGGGAUCUCUGACGUUCCACGUUUGGGAGAAGAUGCAUAAAAUCAUCAAAUACACCCCGGUCACUCUGGACCCGAACACCGCCGCCCCUUGGCUCACCUUGUCGGACGACCUCACCAGCGUCUGCGACAGCGACGAGAUGCAGCAGCUGCCCGACAACCCGGAGAGGUUUCACCCCGACACGGCCGUGCUGGGCCACGAGGGCUUCACCUCUGGGAAGCACUCCUGGGACGUGAACGUGGGCGACAACACGGCGUGGGUCGUCGGCGUGGCCAAAGAGUCGGUGCUGAGGAAAGAGAAGGUGUCGUCGGUGCUGAUGAACGGCUACCUGUGCGUGUACUUCUACCACAAAAUGUACUUCGCAGGCACCUCUCCUCUGUCCCGCCUCACCCUGAAGAAGAACCCACAGAGGGUCAGGGUGCUGCUGGACUGCGACAAGGGCCGGGUGUCGUUCUACAACCCGCAGGACAACACGCACAUCUACACCUUCAAGCACGCCAUCGCCGAGAGAGUCUUCCCGUACUUCUGGGUGGGCUGCCAGCAGUGUCCUCUGACGGUGGAGCCGAAGGAAGUUUCCGUGAAGGUUGUUGAGUAUUGUUGAGAGAACACAACUUUUACUUUUUCCAAAAAAGGGUGAGGAACAUCUUUGAACAUCACAUGGAGCGAGGAGGCUGCUCAGAAUGUGAAAUCAAAGAGCAUCAGAUCUUUUCUUUUGUGUUUCUCUACAAUACCCACACAAUGAAUGCCUUAUCUGCUCACUGAUGAUUUCACUUGAACUUGAUCCCUGCACUCUGAAGGUCCCUCUGUCUCUCCUGUCCGUGGUUCUUUACAUUUUAAUACUCUGUGAGCUUGAAAACAGCAUUAAAGAGAAUUAUAAUUUUAUGAAUUUAAGUUUGCAUAAUGAUUCCGCACUUGCACGUCAAGCUCUUGAGGUCGCUAAGCUUUAUGUGCAAUGACUAAUGAUGAUGUUUGUGGAAACUAAUGAAUAAUAAAUCAUUUACAAAUAUAAA